UUUAAUUUUCAAACGUGUCUCAUUCAGAGCGAGAGAGAUAGACUAAGACAAGCUACCAAAUAAAUAAAACAGAGACAAGAGAUAAAUCUAUUUAGUCUGUCGGAAUUAACAGAGAUCUUCAUAUUUGGAGAAACCGGCGACGUGCUUAGUGUUGAUCUACAAUUAUUGGUAUAGUUUUUUUUUUAUAAUAAAUUAUGUUGUCUAAGUGGUUUGUUCUGUGCUUCCUGGCUCUUGGAGCUUUGGCUGCUGAAGAAGACGUUCUUGACCUCACUGACGGCGAUUUCACAGCUGAAUUAGACCGUCAUGACAACACACUUGUUAUGUUCUACGCACCCUGGUGCGGACAUUGUAAACGUCUUAAGCCCGAGUAUGCUGAAGCUGCUGGGAUGCUGAAAGGCAGUGAUCCAGCCAUUACUUUGGCUAAAGUUGACUGUACAGAGGGUGGUAAAGAAACCUGUAGCAAGUAUGGAGUCAGUGGUUACCCAACUUUGAAGAUCUUCUCCAAGAGUGAAAUGGUCAGCGAAUACAAUGGUCCACGUGAAGCUAAAGGAAUUGUCAAAUACAUGAGGGGACAAGUUGGACCAGCUUCCAAGGAACUUAAAGGUGAAGAAUGCCAGAAAGCAUUCUUGGACACUGACGAAGUUAGCUUCAUCGGUUACUUCGAAGACGAGAAAUCCGAGCUUGCUAAAUCCUUCCAAUCUGUCGCGAAGAAAUUACGGGAGAAAGCGCGUUUCGCUCACUCAUAUGUUAAAUCUCUAUUGGAGAAAGAAGGACUUAAGAACCACAUCAAGUUGUACCGUCCCAAGGUCUUGCAAAACAAGUUCGAAGAAAGUGUUGUUGAACACACCGGAGGCGACUCAAUUGCUGAUGUCAACGACUUUGUCACCAAGAACUACUUCGGUUUGGUCGGCGUACGUACUCGUGACAACGCGGCGUCAUUCGAGAAUCCACUGGUUGUUGCUUUCUACUCUGUUGACUACGUUAAAAAUCCAAAGGGAACCAACUACUGGCGUAACAGAAUCAUGAAGGUCGCCAAAGAGUUCCCUGAAUUCAACUUUGCUAUUUCAAACAAAGAUGACUUCCAACACGAGCUCAAUGACUUUGGAAUUGAGUUCACCAAAUCCGAGAAGCCAGUUGUAUUCGCACGCGACGACAAGGGUCUCAAAUACGUCCUCAAGGACGAAUUCAGCGUCGAGAACUUCCAGAAAUUCGUUAAAGACUUUGAAGACAAGAACUUGGAACCGUUCAUCAAAUCCGAAUCCGUCCCAGAAGACAACUCUGGCCCCGUCAAGGUUGUGGUUGCCAAGAACUUCGAGGAAGUUGUUACCAAACCAGACUCUGAUGUUCUCAUUGAGUUCUACGCACCCUGGUGUGGACAUUGCCAGAAACUUACUCCAAUUUACGACGAAUUGGGUGAGAAGAUGGCCAAAGAAAACGUUGUCAUCGCCAAGAUGGACGCUACCGCCAAUGACGUACCACCAGAGUUUGAAGUACGUGGAUUCCCAACUCUCUACUGGGUACCCAAAAAAUCCAAGAGCUCGCCAGUCAAGUACGAAGGUGGACGGGAGCUUAACGAUUUCAUUAAGUACAUCGCCGAACACUCGACUGACAAACUCAAGGGUUAUGACCGUAAGGGAAAUCCCGUCAAGGCUCCAAGUGAUGAGCUUUAAAAAGCCUGACUAUCUUUACGUUUAUUUUAUAAUAAUUAUAACAGAAAAAUUAAUUUUAUUUCCUCGGCAUAAAUUACAUAUGUCAUGAUAAAUUUGAUACGUGGCUCACCGUCUUCACAUUUAUAUGCCGAAGGAAUAUUUAUUUAUAUAUUUAUUUAGGUACAUAUAUAAAUAAAUAUAUUUUUCUAAUAGCACAAAUAACAUCUAUAAAUAUGUGCUUUAAUUGAGUGAGGUAUAAUCCUUAUACAAGGAUUCAUUCCAGCAUUUUUUUUAAACAAAACUUUAUGUAAGUUAGAUUGUAAGGAUAUUGAUAAUUGUAAUUAACAAUUUUGUUUAUACCUUCAAUAAAAUAAUUGAUAUCAUUUUUUCA